CUAUUCACGAUGAAUCCUGGAAGGUUGGGACUUACGCCUCUAGUGCAAGAGAAUCCGCUAUGGAUUUCGUGGCACGACUCAAACUGGAUACCGGUGCUAAAUCCUGGCAACGUGAUGGAUUACUUUUCGGAGAAAUCGAAUCCAUUUUAUGAUCGAACUUGUAACAACGAAAUCGUGAGAAUGCAGCGGCAAAGCUUAGAGCUUCUAAACAACAUGACUGGUGUAGAAUAUAUUCCCCUGCACGUCCAGGAUCCGAUACUGUACGUCAUUCGAAAGCAGCAUCGACAUUCUCCGACCGAGGCUACACCGAUGGCCGAUUACUACAUCAUUGCUGGUACAGUGUACCAGGCUCCAGAUCUGGCCAGCGUUUUUAACUCGCGAAUACUUUCCACUGUGCAUCACUUGCAAACAGCGUUCGACGAAGCCAGCUCGUACUCUCGUUAUCAUCCGAGCAAAGGAUAUUCGUGGGAUUUCUCUUCAAACAAAGCCAUUGCCGAAAAGACGAAGACACAAACCAAGAAGGAAGCUCCGGUGAAGGAAGAACCGAGCUCAAUCUUUCAACGCCAACGGGUGGACAUGUUGUUGGGCGAUUUGCUCCGAAAGUUUCCUCUCCCUUUGCCGCAAGUAACAAACAAUCCUGCAGGCGUUAAUUCUUCCGAUGGGAAUAGCGCAAACAACAAUAUUGGCAGUGUGGCUGGAGACACCGACCACGCCGGUUCGGAUCAUGCCAUGAUCAAACAAGAACCGGCCGAUAGUAUCGGCGGUGGUCGGGGAAGCAGUACCGAUAUGCCACCGGAAAAGAAAAUGAAAUUAUAAUCCUAUUUAUGUAUCAUAAGCUCAA